AUGGUGAACAGUGAGAGCUCGGUUCUGCGGAACAGUAAUGGAGCGGAGCGAGCUUCGAGCUUCGAGAUGCGGUGUCGGGUGUGCGGCGCGGCGUCCGAUGAGUGGAGACGGGCGGCGAAGGCACCGGAUCUUUGGGGCGAGGAGAGCGGUGCGGUGACUCCAAAGUUGGAACUAACAAUUGGGGAAGUGUCCCGACCAGCAGAAAAAACAGUGGAGGAAACGAAGGGAUUCGUGAGGCGUGUGUUGCUAAUCAAGUUCAAAGCCGAAACCGCUCCUGACCACGUCGAGCGACUCAUCAAGGAUUACUCCAAUCUCGUGAACCUCGUCGAAUCCUUGAAAACUUGGCACAUGGGAAAGGAUGCGAGCAUCGAGAACUUGCAUGAAGGCUUCACACAUGUCUUCGAGCUAACAUUUGAGGACGCCGAGGGAGCAGCAGCGUACGUGGUUCAUCCUGCUCACCUCGAAUUCCAUGAGCAGAUCAGGCCCCAUGUGGAGAAGACAUCCAUGAUCGACUACAAGCCGACUUCUUUCCAUACCUGAAUUUAAUAUUGCAUUGCAAGCUCUAUCAUAAUUGUGUGGAUGAAUAAUAAGCUUGUUAUGGCAUUAUCUUGUGUAAGGUGAUUAACAUGGUUCAUGUUAAAUUAAUGUCUCAAGUUUGAAUUUGAAUAA